CGAACCCGCAUCCUCAUGGAUACUAGUUGGGUUCUUAACCCACCUAGCCACAGUGGGAACUCCCAAGAUGUGCUUUUUUAUUGAACCUAACACACUGUAUGGUUACUGCUUGCUUGUGCAGCACUCUUCGUGCUAGACCUGAGUGCAUUAAAGGCAAGAUGCUGGCCUUAGGAAAUGUUAUAACCCUACUAGGUGCCAAGCAUAGGCCCUGGCACAGACUGGGUGCUCAGAAAGUGUUUGUGGAAGUGAACUGAAUUCAAGGCACCUUGAAGAGUGAGUAUACAGUGAAAAUCAGCGUCUCUGUAUGUAUCUGAAUGGGGGUAUGUCCAGCUGUUAGGUUAGACAAUAGAACGUGAUCUUUUUGUGUUAGCAGUGAUGGUCACAGCAUGGUGUGCGUGUGUGUGUGCACGUGCACACACACACACACACACACACACUUUCUGCCCCUGGUGAAUUUAUGUCUGUCUAGUGAAUUCACUUCCAGCUGUUAGGCAUGUAAAGAGGUGAUUUCAACUGUGUCUCUCUGGGCUACACCCCGCUCUUAAUGCUGCAUUCCAAAGGUGUUUAUUUCAACCUUACUUUCAACAACGUGUGAAUACUAGGCUUUGUUCUGCUCGAGGCCCUGGAUCCUGCAGGGGUGGGGGUACCAUCUCCGAACUCACAGUCUGAGGGCAGAGGCAGAUGCCAACAUGAGCUCUGUCUGAAAAGCCAAAACUGGAGAGCCGAUUUUCUCUGGGACAGGCUGUAACGUUCUCUGACCUGCCAGAAUCAUCUCUUGAUUCCCAGGAGUAAAGUGGAUCAUUCUAUGUGACAGGAAAAAUAGGCCAAAUGACUUUUAAGUGCUUUUCUCCAUUUUUUCCCCCCUAGAGUGACUGACAAAUGAAGGCAAAUGGGUGUCAAGGGGCAUGGCAUUCAGUGAUGCCACUGGCACCAACCCAUCCCUUUAUUGAUCAGGAGAGUGAGGGUGAGUAACUAGGGGCUCGGUGUUCAAUGUUGAACAGUUUUCCAGCUCUCUUUAGCAAUGAAUGUCACAUUAAUGGAUCCCUUUUCUGUUUCAUCAUCUGAAAGGCAGGAAGACGGAGGGGGAAGCGUUAAUUUGGGUGUCGGAGGUCUGGGCUCAGAUCCCAGCUCCACCAGUUCUAGCUGUGUGGUCCUGGGCAGGUUUGCAUCCUGGGUUUCCUCGUCCUUCUCUGGACAGCGGGGUUAACAACCCUAACUUUGUCCUCUGAAGGAGCGCAGCAUCCACACCAAAUUAGCCUCAGCCCGGCUGAAUGCUGUUUGAACAUUAACAGAGAGCUUACUCAUUCACUGGCUUGGAGGAGAAGCCAGAGAUUGGGUUAGUUGUGAGUCACUCUUUGGAACAACCACCUUUGGAAAGUUUUUCUAAAGUCAGAGAUUUCAAAUCAGUUUCCAAAAUGUCCAGAUAUUACACAUAGAUCAAAGAGUGACAGCAACCCCCCAAGAUGUUCUGUAAUUAUUAAUAAAACCCAUCACUGAAAACGAGAAAAGGACAGAGGAGAGACACAGAGGAAGGGUGUUUUUUUUUUUUUUUAAACCCAAGUGUUCAACAAAUUAAUAUCACAGUCAGAAAAAAAUAUCUACAAAAAAACAGCCACUUUUAUCCACAGGCUCAUUCCCUGAAAAAAGGGCCAGUAUGUUUUUCUGAAAGAAUCUCUCUUACCCUGACCUAGCCCUUUGGUUUCAUGGCAUUGUGGGGCAGGCCGACGGAGCUUUGGGGCUUGGCGUCCUGCAUCACAGUCCCUGCUUUGAGAAAACUUGGCCUCUCUGCCUCCAUCUGGCUCCUGGCGUGGACGUGGGAGUGUGAGCAAAGAGCCCCCGGGAAAGUGCUGCUGGACGCAGUGUGCAACCACCUCAACCUCGUGGAAGGAGACUAUUUUGGCCUCGAGUUUCCCGACCACAAAAAGAUCACGGUGUGGCUGGAUCUCUUAAAACCUAUUGUCAAGCAGAUUAGACGGCCAAAGCACGUUGUUGUGAAGUUUGUGGUGAAAUUCUUUCCACCUGACCACACGCAACUCCAAGAAGAACUCACAAGGUACCUGUUUGCUCUGCAGGUGAAGCAGGACCUGGCUCAAGGCAGGCUGACGUGUAAUGACACCAGCGCCGCCCUCUUGAUCUCACACAUUGUGCAAUCUGAGAUUGGCGAUUUCGAUGAAGCAUCGGACAGAGAACAUUUAGCAAAAAAUAAGUACAUACCUCAGCAAGAUGCCCUAGAAGACAAAAUUGUGGAAUUUCACCAUAACCAUAUUGGACAAACACCAGCAGAAUCGGAUUUCCAGCUCCUGGAGAUCGCCCGUAGGCUGGAGAUGUACGGCAUCCGGUUACACCCAGCUAAGGACCGGGAAGGUACUAAGAUCAACCUGGCCGUGGCGAACACAGGGAUUCUAGUGUUUCAGGGUUUUACGAAGAUCAAUGCCUUCAACUGGGCAAAGGUGCGGAAACUGAGCUUCAAGAGGAAGCGCUUUCUCAUCAAGCUCCGCCCAGAUGUGAAUAGCUCAUACCAGGAUACCUUGGAAUUCCUAAUGGCCAGUCGGGAUUUUUGCAAGUCCUUCUGGAAAAUCUGUGUUGAACAUCAUGCCUUUUUUAGACUUUUUGAAGAGCCCAAACCAAAGCCAAAGCCUGUUCUCUUUAGCCGCGGGUCAUCGUUUCGGUUCAGUGGGCGGACUCAGAAGCAGGUUCUCGACUUCGUGAGAGAAGGAGGACAUAAGAAAGUGCCGUUCGAAAGGAAACACAGCAAGAUUCAUUCCAUCAGAAGCCUUGCAACGGAGCCCACAGAACCGAAUUCAGAAGUGCCAAAACAAGCUCAGCCGAGUGCCAGCCUUACCCUCGGAGAAGGUGCUGAAUCCCCGGGCAGCGGCCAGAGCUGCCAGCAGGGAGAGGACCUGAGCGGUGCCACCCAGGAGCGCAGCCCUGCCCUGCAGAGGAGCCCGGCGGCGGCGGCGGUGGCAGUGGCAGCGGCAGGGAGCAAGGAUGCAGACAGGGCCGUCAAGGCGGUGAUGGAGGAAGAGGAGGAGGUCGUUAAGGACAGGACCCAGCAGAGUAGACCUCAGCCCCAGCAGCCAAGCACAGGCUCCCAGACUGGUAGCCCUCAUCUUUCAGAGCUGUCCAUCAACUCGCAGGGAGGAGCCGCGCCCACCAACGCCAUCCUGUCACCCAACCUGAGCCCCGACACCAAGCAGGCCUCCCCCUUGGUCAGUCCGCUGCUGAACGACCAGGCAGGGCCUCGGACCGAUGAUGAGGACGAUGGCCGGAGAAAGAGAUUCCCGACUGACAAAGCGUACUUCAUUGCCAAGGAAGUCUCCACCACAGAGAGAACCUAUCUGAAGGAUCUCGAAGUCAUCACUUCGUGGUUUCAGAGCGCAGUGAGCAAAGAGGACUCCAUGCCCGAAACCUUGAGAAGUCUCAUAUUCCCGAAUUUUGAACCUUUGCACAAAUUUCAUACAAAUUUUCUCAAGGAAAUUGAGCAGCGACUCGCCCUGUGGGAAGGCCGCUCGAAUGCCCACAUCAGAGGAGAUUUUUACCAAAGAAUCGGCGACGUGAUGCUGAAGAACAUCCAGGGCAUGAAGCAACUGGCAGCUCACCUGUGGAAGCACAGCGAGGCUCUGGAGGCGCUGGAGACCAGCAUCAGGGGCUCCCGGCGGCUGGAGAGCUUGUGCCGGGACUUCGAGCUGCAGAAGGUGUGCUACCUGCCGCUCAACACCUUCCUCCUGCGCCCGCUGCACCGGCUCAUGCACUACAAGCAGGUCCUGGAGCGGCUGUGCAAGCACCACCCGCCCAGCCACGCAGACUUCAGGGACUGCCGAGCUGCUUUGGCAGAGAUCACGGAGAUGGUGGCACAGCUUCACGGUACGAUGAUCAAGAUGGAGAAUUUCCAGAAGCUGCAUGAACUCAAGAAAGAUUUGAUUGGCGUCGACAAUCUUGUGAUUCCAGGACGGGAAUUCAUCCGCCUGGGCAGCCUCAGCAAACUCUCGGGGAAGGGGCUCCAGCAACGCAUGUUCUUCCUGUUCAACGACGUGUUGCUGUACACGAGCAGGGGACUGACAGCCUCGAAUCAGUUUAAAGUCCACGGGCAGCUCCCCCUCUACGGCAUGACGAUGGAAGAAAGCGAAGACGAGUGGGGGGUGCCCCACUGCCUCACCCUGCGGGGCCAGCGCCAGUCCAUCAUCGUGGCCGCCAGUUCUCGCUCCGAGAUGGAAAAGUGGGUGGAGGACAUACAGAUGGCCAUUGACUUGGCCGAGAAAAGCAGCGACCCUGCCCCUGAGUUCCUGGCCAGCAGCCCCCCUGACAACAAGUCCCCAGAGGAGGCCGCGGUCGACCAGGAGUCAGAGGACGACCUCAGCGCCUCGCGCACCUCGCUGGAGCGCCAGGCCCCGCACCGCGGCAACACCAUGGUGCACGUGUGCUGGCACCGCAACACCAGCGUCUCGAUGGUGGACUUCAGCGUGGCGGUCGAGAAUCAGCUGUCUGGGAACCUGCUGCGGAAAUUCAAAAACAGCAACGGGUGGCAGAAGCUGUGGGUGGUGUUCACCAACUUCUGCCUGUUCUUCUACAAAUCCCCCCAGGACAAUCACCCCCUGGCCAGCCUGCCUCUACUCGGGUACUCGCUCACCGUCCCCUCGGAGGCCGAGGACAUCCACAAGGACUACGUGUUCAAGCUGCAUUUCAAGUCCCACGUGUAUUACUUCAGGGCCGAGAGCGAAUACACGUUUGAAAGGUGGAUGGAGGUGAUCCGAAGUGCCACCAGCUCGGCCUCCCGCGCUCAUGUGCUGAGCCACAAAGAAUCGCACGUGUACUGAUGGCAGCACACACCUGUUGAUGGGUUUCAGCAGUGGCGACUUUCCCGAAGGCACUUCCUUUCUUCUGUAUUCAUGAAGCCUAGUAAACUUAACACCUGUCUGGAAAACCAACCAACCAACAACCCAUGGCUGCGCAGCAACUCUCAUCUGUCUCCACAGAACUGUUUUUAAUCUUGUCUUUUCAGCUAAUUUCUCACCUGAACAGGACCGCGCCCCCACCAGUGCGGGUCGCGCUCUUGGUGGGCCGUCCUCGGCUUGUGCCAGUAUUAAAACACUGUCAUUAACAUAGUGCCAAAUGACAUUCUUUUCCUCCACGACUGCACCUUCAGAGCAGUAGACACAUCCGUUCAACCAAAAGACAGGGCAAGUGCUCUUCUUUUUCGAUAAACUUUUAUGAUUUUGAUUUCUAGGCUGCUGCAUUUUACAAAACGGAUUUUCCAGUGUUUGUGAUACACGUGGCACAGUCUUAAGCAAAUGAGAUCACUUUCCGAUUUUUUUCAAUCUUUCUACUUUUAUAAUGAUAGGACCUUAGUAGGAUUUACUUCUUUGAUUAACAAGCAAAUUUGCAACAUACCGUGUUCCACUCGGGGCUUCGCGCUCCAGUGAAACGCUGGUUCCAAGCCCUCCUUCUUGGUGCAAGGUGACCAAAUUGUGUAAGUGAUGACUCUUUACAAAACUGUAGCGGGUUGUUUUCUGUUCCGAGAAGCAGCAGCAGUCCGGUGCCUGCUGGACUGUCGGUGUACGGAGUGCUGGAGACGAUGGGAGGGGUGUCAGCUGUGGUGUUUUGCUGUUUCACAAGCAUGAGAACCUGUAUGUCCGUAACCAGGGCCAUUUGUGGUGUGGCGUCGUGGAGCGUGUCGUGAGCUUCCGUGGGUGCAGGAGCUCUGAGUGGUGGUGCGUAGUUGUCCGGCUCCCAUGAUCAUCCCUGUAACCUACUGCACACUCAGUAGUAGUAGACCUCGUGCCUGCCCUCGAGAACCAGUCUCUUCUCCUUUUAUACUCACUCCCCGCGGGCCUGGGGUAUGGACAGUAUCCCACUGCACAGCCUUGACCGUCGGAUGACACAGGGAACGGGGCUCUGCUGGGCCCGCGACUCCAAGUCCGUUUGCCUGUUCUCUGUGGGGACCUGGUGGCUGCUAUUCCCUUGCUGGUGUGAAGGCCGGUGACCUGCGCGCGUGGAAAUGGCAGUAUACACAUGGCUGAGUAGCUUGCGAUGUGGUCAGCAUUUGCCUUACGAUCUGUACCGGAUGGUUUUAAGUACUAACAAAAGGGAAUAAAAAUACCUCACGCCACAGUCCAGCAUACUGACGUUUUAAGGCAACACAA